UCGACGCAAAUUAUCCAAAGCAUUUCCGUAUUUUGGGUUUGUCCCGUGACGUAUACGUAGUGACGUAUAUUUUGCGCGACAACCGGUGCUGAAGAUGGGCCAAAGCCAAAGUGGAGGACAUGGACCAGGAGGUGGAAAGAAAGAUGAUAAGGACAAGAAAAAGAAAUACGAGCCGCCCAUUCCAACUAGAGUAGGAAAGAAGAAGAGAAAGUCCAAAGGACCCGAUGCUGCCAGCAAACUUCCUUUAGUCACUCCUCACACACAGUGCAGGUUGAAGCUCUUGAAACAGGAGAGAAUUAAAGAUUAUCUACUAAUGGAAGAGGAGUUCAUCAGAAACCAGGAGCAGAUGAAACCUCUUGAAGAAAAACAGGAGGAGGAAAGGUCAAAGGUCGAUGAUCUCAGGGGAACCCCAAUGUCUGUGGGAACUCUGGAAGAGAUCAUUGAUGACAAUCAUGCUAUAGUCUCCACAUCCGUGGGCUCUGAGCACUAUGUCAGCAUUCUAUCAUUUGUCGACAAAGAUCUGCUGGAGCCCGGCUGUUCUGUCUUACUAAACCACAAGGUCCAUGCUGUCAUAGGGGUGCUGAUGGACGACACAGACCCUCUAGUUACAGUGAUGAAGGUGGAAAAAGCUCCACAAGAGACAUACGCAGACAUCGGUGGACUGGACAAUCAGAUACAAGAAAUUAAAGAGUCAGUUGAGCUGCCUCUAACCCAUCCAGAGUAUUAUGAGGAAAUGGGCAUCAAGCCUCCUAAAGGUGUCAUUCUCUAUGGCCCACCUGGAACAGGUAAAACACUUCUUGCCAAGGCAGUGGCCAAUCAGACGUCUGCAACAUUUUUGCGUGUUGUUGGAUCAGAGCUUAUUCAGAAAUAUCUUGGCGAUGGACCCAAACUUGUACGCGAGCUGUUCAGGGUGGCUGAGGAACACGCACCCUCUAUUGUCUUUAUUGAUGAGAUUGACGCUAUUGGAACGAAAAGAUAUGACUCCAAUUCUGGAGGUGAGCGUGAAAUUCAGAGAACUAUGUUGGAACUCCUUAACCAGCUGGAUGGUUUUGACUCCCGUGGAGAUGUAAAGGUCGUUAUGGCUACUAACAGAAUAGAAACCCUUGACCCUGCCCUUAUUAGACCUGGUCGUAUUGAUCGUAAGAUUGAGUUCCCAUUACCGGAUGAAAAAACCAAGAGAAGGAUCUUCCAGAUCCACACCAGCAGAAUGACCGUGGCAGGAGACGUAAGCUUAGACGAUCUCAUCCUGGCUAAAGAAGACCUUUCUGGGGCUGAUAUUAAGGCCAUCUGUACAGAAGCAGGGCUCAUGGCCCUCAGGGAACGCAGGAUGAAAGUUACGAACGAGGACUUUAAGAAGUCUAAAGAAAAUGUUUUGUAUAAGAAGCAGGAGGGCACCCCUGAGGGUCUCUAUCUUUAACCUUUCUCCAUUGUCCAUUCUCCCAAUUUAUGUGUGCAUGCAGUACGCAAGUGUACAUUUGGCUACAUUUUUUAUAUGUAAUUUUAUUUGCCAGUGUAUUUUUGCGUCUUUGUGAUUAAAAAAUAAAUGCCGGUCAUAUAUGUAAAAA